UCAAAUUAGACAGUUACGAAAAAAAAGCCAACCUAAGACAGCUUCUCCCGUCCUUCGUCUUUCACGCCGCCGUGACCGCCCUUCUCUCGUCAUGCAGCGCCGCCGCUAGGAUCCUUCAACGGCGGUGCGUCCUCCUCACCCCCAACGGCGGUGCAUCCUCCUCAUUCCCAACCGCAAGAUUUGAUGUGAACAACACCAGGGCAAAAAUAGGGACGAAGUGAAUCAGCUUCUGCUUGGACCCCUGUCUCGGCUUGUGUUUUCUGGAGGGUUUUUAACGAGUUUCGGACAAAUUCAUCAUAUCACCAAACAAUACGAGGACUGACUUUACGAACACAAGGAAAAAUGACAGGAGAUAAGAGCUGGAUGGAUAAGGAUAGAGAUUCUGCUGAGUGGCAAACUGGCCUGAAGGAUUUCUUGAGGCUCGCUUUUCCUGAUGCUCGUCCAAAUUCAACUGCCCCAUGCCCAUGUAGGAAAUGUCUGAAUAAUGCUCGGAGAAAAAAGAGGGAUGUUCAUAGUCACUUGCUGCACAAUGGUAUGGAUCCGGCCUACACUAAUUGGAUAUACCAUGGUGAGCAACCAGAUGAGGGCAACAUUUCUGAUGAUUCUGAUGAUGAAGACGCCGUAGACGAUGGUGCUGGGUUGUGUGACAUGCUCAAUACUCUCAUUAGGGGCACCAACAUGGAAAGCAAUGCAGAUCAUGAUGAAGGUGCAGGAGACAUUCAUGUGGAUGAUUCUGGCAGUGAAGGAACGAGCCAGGAGCCAAAUGCAACAGCCAAGGUAUUCUUCGAGCUAUUGAAAGAGGCAAAAAAAGAGUUGUACCCAGGUUGCGAGGAUGCCACAAAGCUAUCUUUCAUUGUGAAGCUUUACCAAAUCAAGUGCGUGACUGGGAUGACCAACAGAGCAUGCGACUUGAUUCUCCAGAUGUUCACGCAGAUGCUGCCAAAGGGUCACUGCAUUCCUACUAAUCUCGCAAAAGUAAGGAAGGUGAUCCGCGAUCUUGGGCUUGACUACAGGAAGAUACACGUAUGCAUUAAUGAUUGCGUGCUAUUCCGUGGUGAGCAUGCUAAUGCAGAAGAAUGCCCUGUCUGUCAUGCUUCACGAUGGAAAUCUACUCCUACAACUGAUGAAGACAAUGUAUCAAGACAUAAGAAGCCAGUGCCACAGAAAGUUUUAUGGUAUUUCCCACUGAUUCCAAGACUGCAAAGGCUGUACAUGACAGAAGCUAUGUCAUCGCAUAUGAAAUGGCAUCAUGAGGGUCGUCUGGAUGAUGGCGUAAUGAGGCACCAUGCAAAUUCGAAGGCGUGGAAGCAUGUUGAUAAGAAAUAUCAUAAGAAGUUCUCAAAAGAUGCUCGCAGUGUUCGACUUGGCCUUGCUUCGGAUGGAUUCAACCCCUUUGGGCUCAUGAGUAUAUCACACACUACAUGGCCUGUCAUUCUUAUCCCUUAUAACUUGCCACCUUGGAUGUGUAUGAAACAACAAAAUUGGAUCAUGUCAAUGAUUAUUCCAGGGCCAAAGUCAGCAGGAAAUAACAUAGAUGUGUACUUGCAGCCUUUGGUGGAUGAACUGAAUGUUCUAUGGGAGGAUGGUGCUUACACAUAUGAUGCUGCAACCAAAGAAAAUUUCAGGCUGUAUGCAUGCUUGUUGUGGACCAUCAAUGACUACCCAGCUUUCGCAAUGCUGAGUGGUUGGAGCACAAAAGGAAAGCUAGCAUGCCCUUAUUGCCACAGACAUACAGAUUUCCUAUGGCUCAAGUAUGGUCGAAAGCAUUGCUACAUGGGACACCGACGUUUUCUCCGCAGGAACCAUAAAUGGCGUCGAAACAAGUGUUUGUUCAACAACAAAACAUAUGAUAGGGAAGCUCUGGUACCACUUACAGGUGAAGAAGUUGUACAACAGCUUGAUAGCAUUCAGCAUGCACCAUUUGGGCGAUCAAAUAAGAGAAAGCGACCGGAAACUAAUAGCUGGCAUAACUGGCGGAAGAAAAGUGUAUUUUUCCAACUCCCAUAUUGGAAGCACUUGCUGGUUAGGCACAAUUUGGACGUUAUGCACAUCGAGAAGAACAUCUGCGACAGCGUUCUUGGGACUUUGCUUGAGAUGGAUGGGAAAUCAAAGGAUGGUGUGAAGGCUCGUCUUGAUUUGGAGUACUUGAAAAUUAGGAAGGACCAGCAUCCAAAGCCUGGUAAGAACAAGUAUGAAAUAAAGAAAGGUUGCUAUGCUUUAAAAAAGGAAGAGAAGAUAUUGCUCCUCAAAUUUUUGCAGAGCAUUAAGAUGCCCGAUGGAUAUGCUUCACACAUUAAACGAUGUGUGGUCCUCGAUCAGUGCAAGAUUACUGGACUCAAAACUCAUGACUGUCAUGUUAUAUUUCAGAAACUUCUUCCUAUUGCAUUGCGCAAGCUUCUGCCAGAGAAUGUUCUUAACCCAUUGCUUCAACUGAGUAAAUUCUUUUCUGAUUUAUGCUCCAAGGAGUUAAAGGAUGAGGAUUUGGUGAAGUUGAGCGAAACAAUCCCAGAAACUCUAUGCCAGCUCGAGAUGAUCUUUCCACCUGCAUUCUUUGAUAUUAUGAUGCAUCUGCCAAUUCAUCUCGCUGAAGAGGCAUGAUUGGGAGGGCCUGUCUUGUACAGAUGGAUGUAUCCAAUUGAGCGAUACUUGCGUACGCUGAAAGGGUAUGUGCGUAACAAGGCUCACCCAGAGGGUUCUAUUGCAGAGGGGUACAUACUCGAAGAGUGCAUGACUUUUUGCAGUCGAUUCGUUGAUGGCAUGCCUACAAAGAUAAGUCAGUCCGAACGCCAUGAAGAUGGACGUGCAGAUGAACCACCAACAGGGAUUAUUAUAAUGAGUACAGUUGAUUACUCCAAGAAAGGUUUUGCUCUUGAACAACUAUCUUUGGCUGAGGUUAAUGACAUGAGGCAUUUCAUACUAACAAACUGCGGGGACACCGCGCCAUGGGCUAAGGAACAUCUCGAGGAGCUGAAAAGGAACAAUUCUCGUAAUCCUGAUAAGCAACAUAGGCAAGAGUUUGUUGGCUGGUUUGAGAGAAGGAUCACUGAACUCCACAAGGAUGGGAAGGUCCACAAGGAUGGGAAGGUCAGCAAUCUUAUUUAUGCACUAGCCAAAGGACCUGACCAUCUAGCUCGUGUUUACAACCGUACAGUUCUGAAUGGAUACUUCUUUCGGAAUUCCUACAUAGAGCAGGACUUGAGUACCCAAAAUAGUGGCGUCGUAGUCAAGGGCGAUAAAGCCACAGGAAAUAUUGAUUAUCAUGGGGUGAUCAAGAAAAUCAUAUUUCUUGACUAUCCACCUGAUAAGGAGGUUGUACUAUUCCAGUGUGACUGGUUUGAUGCGCCUCCUGCUAAUAGAACUCAGAGCAGGGGUUAUAAGAAGGAUAAAUAUGGAAUUAUUGACCUUCGCACUACUGCACACCGAUUCAAGGAAGACCCUUACAUUCUAGGUCUCCAGGCUCAACAGGUUUUCUAUGUGAGAGAUGUGAAGAACCCUGAUUGGGCAAGUGUUAUUAAAAUGAAUCCACGCAAUUUGUUUGCUCCGUCUGUUUUAAAUGGUGUCGGCCUUGAUGAAGCUGCUGAAGCCGAUGAAGGCGGUGACGCAGACGUACUGGAUGUUGUCGAUGCGGAAAUUAUAGUCCCAGAAUUUACUGUACCUGAAGAGAUCACUAGCUGGUACAGAAAUGAUGAUGAACGAUCCAGCGUUGAUGCUUCUGUUAUCAAAAAUAUAAAACCUGUUGAGUUUGAAGAUGUUCACUUCGAUUCUGAUGAUGAUAUCGAUGAUGAUGAGGCUUACAUAAAUGAUGGCCAUGUUGCUCCUUUGGGACAAGAAGAAUUGGAUGAUGACCACGGGUUCUUUGUGUAGUUUCAAAUAUCUUGGUAAGAUUUUCCACAUGUUAAGCCAUGAAUACAGAUUCCUGAAGUUUUUUUCAUUUUAAGAAUAGUAUCUCUCAUAUCCACAUGUUAAGCUAUGGAUGCAUGCCCGUAUACUUAGCUAUGGAGAAAUUAUAAUGAUCUAUCUUACUUGUUCACUCGUCAUUGCAAGUUAA